AUGCUGGGGACUGUCCCAGGCAGCUCCCGUUACUUUCCCGGGGGUGUCAUAGCCUACACCGGCGGCCUGAAGGAGUCGGUGCUGAACGUACCUGACGAGGUCGCCCCCAACCACGGCACCGUCAGCCGCGAGAUGGCGGUCGGCAUGGCCCGCGGGGUGCGCGAACUGACCGGCACCGACUACGCCAUCUCCACCACCGGCGUCACCGGACCCGCCGCCGGACGCUCCGGCCUGCCCGUCGGCACCUUCUGGGUCGGACUCUCGGUCAAGGACGGCGAGGACACCGCCAUUGAGAUCCACAUCGACGGCGACCGAGACGCCACCAAGCACGGCGCCGCGCAGGCCGCCCUUGACCUGCUGGGCACUGUCCUGUAG